CAUGUUCUAACCCACAAAAACAACUAACUUUUUCUUCUUGAGAGAAAAAUGAUGAUGAUGACCCUCUCUUGUGUGUGUGUCCCCAAUAAAUCCUUCCAUGUUAAUUUCCCAACACUUUUGACUCCUCAAACCUCCAUUGCUAUAUGUAGUAUCUACUACUAAAACUUCCAGCCUGGUCUGUCUUCCUCAAACUCUCUAUACAGAAAUAUCUAGUCCUAUUUCUAUAUUGAGGGAGGUAGUAGUGGCUAGAUGCUCUCUCACUUUCAAAUAUCCCACAAAGCACACGCCCACUCCCACAAAAAACGAAAAGAAAAAGGAAACCCAUAAUUUCUUUCUAUGUAGUUUUGGUUGUAUGUCUUUCUCAUGGUUGUCACAAUUGCAGGGAGAAUUGAAAUUGUGUAAAAGACGAAAUUGGUGCAACUAGUCCUUCCAAUCCAUGUCAUUCUCGAGUGAUCUGUUAGGGUUUUCCAACCAUUGCAAUCAAGAUCCUCAAAUGAUUCCUUCAAGCAAUUACAAUGGCAAUGACUUUAUCUCUUACAGUGACAUCAACCCCAUCUCUCUCACUCCCUUCCAUAAUUACACCAUUAACCCAAAUAGUUCAAAACAAUACUUAGAUGAACAAUACCCUCCUAAUUUCCUACAUUUGCCCUCUCCCUUACUUCACUAUGAAUUAGAAUUCCUUGAAAACCAUGAUGUUUUUAAUUUCUACAGCCCACAACCCAUGAAAGGCACCGAUGACUCAGUGACCGAUUUUCGUGGUGAAGAGAGUACUAGUAUUGAGAAAAGAAACAGCAAGGAUACCAAGAUGAAGAAGGUAUCAACAACAACAAUAGCAGGAGGGAAGAAGUCAGGGAAGAAAGAUAGGCAUAGCAAGAUCAACACGGCUCAAGGACCGAGAGAUCGGAGAAUGAGAUUGUCUCUCAAAGUUGCAACAGAAUUCUUUGAUCUACAAGACAAGCUAGGCUAUGAUAAGGCAAGUAAAACGAUUGAAUGGUUAUUGACACAAGCAAACGCCGAAAUCAAGAAACUCGCAUCCAGUCUCCCCAACAUGAGCUGCAGUACUGUUAAUAAUGCUGCAAAGAGUGCUUCAUCAGCCACUAAUUCAGAGUGUGAAGUGGUGUCUCAAAUCAAUAGUAUUGAGCCUAAAGAGAGUUCAAUUGGUAUGAAGAAGAAAGGUAGGUUAAGCAGCAUUUCGCGGAAGAAUGCAUUUCGCGGAGGCCCUCUCGUUAAGGAGUCAAGGGAGAAGGCAAGAGCAAGAGCAAGAGAAAGAGCAAGAAUGAAACUAUGUGAUCAUCAUGAUCAAUUGAGUCGAUUAAGCUCACGGAGUCCCUUCGAGGCCUCGGAUUCUUCUUCCCGUCACAAUAACAAUCCUUCAAUGGAGGUAGAGAAGCCUAGCUAUCAUGACCAACAAGAGAAUACUACUGCUACUACUACUCACGAAGACAUGGUUGAUAAUAAUUCUUCAGUGAUUAUGGACAAGUACUGGAACUUUACUGGUCCUUCUAAUUUUGGUUAUCUGCCUCACACUAGUACUAGUAAUACAACUAGUAUUCCUCAACAGAAUCAAUCCACAGACUUUCAGUUCUUCGGCAAGCCAUGGGACUCCUACAACAAUGUGAAUCUAUACUGAAGCUAGGAGAGGAACAAUUAUUCCUGUGUGUAUGUAUGGCCUUCAAUUACUUUCUGCUAGCAUAUUAUGUAUUCUGGAUGUUUCUUUUGGUGAACUAUUUGUCAAUGAUUGUCAAGUUGUUUUAUAAAUAAUAUCUGUUAUUGAUUUUCUAA